GCCGGAAUUACUGGGAGCCGGCGGUGGACCGUCAACCUUGGCUUUUGAGUUUGAGUUUGAGUCAGGGCGCGGACAGCUGUGACAGCUGAGCCCUAAGACUCCCAAACGGAGCACAGGGUAGCUAGAGAAGGCAUCUCUUAUCAUCACACUGCCGAGCCACUGAGGCAUAGGCAUCGGAAUAGGAUGCAGGAACAAGGAAAAGGAUGCAGCACGACAUGUGAAAUUGCAAAGGUGUAAGAACAGGUUAGAGAUGAAAGAGGCUACGCAAAACGUGCACCACGGCCACACAGAGCCGCUGCGCUGCAAACAUCACACAGAACACGACAGAAGCAGAGGCAUCAAGCGAGAAAGCUUCCUCCGCCACCAACAGCCACGUUCCGUGCACACACAAAUCUAAACACCAUUACGCAGCACAUCCCUCCACAGAGCGACCUCCGUCGAGGAAUCCACGGAGGCCGUCUAGUUGUGUUUUGCUCGCAUGUUCAAUAAGAAAAGUAUGGAAUACAACGUAACAAUUUCUGGUUCUGGCCAACCAUGUCAGCCUAUGUGCAAUCACUAAAUCAAGCAAUCAAUUGGGCAUCCCGCCAUGGCCGCCAACUCGCGGUAGUUCUUUACAUUGCGACGCAUCCAUUCAUCCUGAAAAUUCGUCACGUAUCUCAUAGCUUCCGAAACGCUUUUGGGAACGAGUCUGCGGUGCCUAAAGACUCUGAUGUCCGUCGACAGAUGGGUCAAAUUGGCUAUCGGGCCAAGUCUCGCGCGAUCCCGAAGAAGCGCUUCAAGCAACACAGCCUUUUCCUCGGCACUCGAGGCCAUAAGGCGAUCCAGCGUGGCGGCCGUGAAAGAGUGAACGAGCUUUCAGCCAGACUUGCGGAAGCAGUAUUUCCUGAUCCUUAAAUUACCCGCCAACUGAAGCAAAUAAUAUGCGUGGUUACGUUUCUCCUCGUCCUCCGUCACUGCUGAACUCACAACUGCAUUAGAUAAACUCCCAGUCGUGGAACUCCCAGGGUGUGAAGAGCCAAUUAGAUCUGCCUGAGCCUUCGCCCUUGCCCGCCUCCUGUUUCCGCGGUGCCUCUGGCCUUUCCCACGGCCAGCAUCCUCCUCAGGACUCGGCGCCUCCUCGGAACUCUCAAUUCCCAUUCGAAGUUUGUAUGCCUUGAGCGCCUCGAUCCGACCAUGAAACUCAUCUUUCGGGAGCCGUUCGAAUUCCCGCCAAAGAGCAACUGCAUCGUCAUUGGCACGGGUCCAGUCCCUGGCAGCUUGACACUCAGAUCGAUUGCUCUGCAACUCAUCUGAACAGAGCCGGGAAGAAGAAGCACAGUUAUCUUUACGCUGGUCAACUUCGCACUCCCCGUGGGUUUUCGAGGAUGCCAACGGCGGCGCCUCGGGGCCUCCACCUUCCCUUUGCACUCGAGAAUAAUCCAAAGGAACUGAGUGCAGAGAAUAAUCCAAAGGAGCUGAGUGCAGAGAAUAAUCCAAAGGAACUGAGUGCAGUACAGCAUCAUUUGAUUGAGAAGCAAGCGACGCUUCUUCAGCAGCAACUGCCGUAGAACUCUCCACGGACUCAACAUGAACAUUCUCCUCCUCCUCGUCCUUGAAAUCCUUAAGAUCCCCCUGCCAAUCCUUUCCAUAGCAAGCUGAGUCUCCGUCAGAAGCUGAAGUGUGGCAAACCUCAGGGCGUGAGGCCGUAUAACAUGUAUGAUGAGAACAAUGCAACUGCUCAUUCAGCAACUCCUCAUUCUGCAACCCCACAUCCUGCAACUCCUCAUCAUGCAACUCCUCUUUCCGAACACCUGGGUCAACAGAAGCCGACAGAGUGUCAGGAAAUGGAGUGUGGCAAACUUCAGAGCAUAAGGAUGCUCUACGAGUUCCCGGCGGUAACCAAGACGGCGUCUGGUUACGGGGACUCGUGGGGCUUCUUCGUGCGGUUCGAACCGCAUCGUGCGGAAGGUGCUUCACACUCGUGUAUCGUACUUCUCCGCGAGGGCAACCAUCUGGAGACUGCACCACAUCUGGAGAAUACGCAACCGAAUGAGACGAGAAAGCUUCUCCACGAUCAGUUGGCCCAUCAGUUGGCACCGAUAAGGAACUGAACAAUAUACUGACCUGCUCCUCCGAGUUCCCCUGAAACGGGCAUGGGUUUCGCGCACAAUCAUCGAGGUUAUCAAACCAGCCAAACGCGGGGAAAGUAUUCGGAUCAGCCACAAAAUAUGGAUCACGAGCAUUAAACUGCAUAACAUCAAUUAAAGCUUGUCUACACAUCGCCAGUUUGAUUCUCCUUGUUUUUCUUUUCCAACUGGUCGAAACAGAACUCAUCGAACAAAAUUGCGCUGUCAUGAUGCCGCACAAGGAAGGGGCACGCAAGAACAACUAAUCAAUCCAAUGCCGACAGAUCACCCGUUCGGUACUCAGAGAUGCACGUUACGCGUGCAUGCACAACCUGUCCGCACGAUGCGGCUCGAGGAGUCCCCGACGGGCCAAGGCCGCGGGAGAGCGGGAGGUAAGCUCCACUUCCGCAACCUUGGUUACCGGCGGGAACCCGUAAAGCUUCC